GAUCAAUGGAACAUCGGACUUCGCGCUCGCGCCGUCGUAGCCUGAUAUUGAUAUACAUAUAUCUCUUUCUUUGCUUCGGAUAUUUGUUCUUACAUCAAUAAAAAAUUAUUUAAUUUGGAAGUAUAUAUAGAUAUAUUAAAUUUAAUCAUUUUAAUUUUAUAUAUAAUAGUAAAUAUAUAUAAAUUUUAUAUCUUUAUUUUUUAUUUGUGUUCUAAUAUUUUUUUCUAAGUGUAAUAAAUUAUUAUAAUACAGUAUUGACUGGACAAACAAUUGUUCAAAAUCAGAUCAUAAUGAUUUCCCAACCAAUUGUGGUACCUGGAGGUGAACAUCGAUCACAAUCAGAAACUCAUUCUAUGUCUGUUGGAAAUACUUCUGAAUCUUUUAAAACUAUGACACCACCAAAUGUAAGCAGAUCAUUAAGUAAUCGUAUUAAUGACAGUGGAUAUGGUACAUUACCAAGUAAGCUAGAACCAGUGGAUCAACAACUUCGACGAAGCAGUGUUCAAGUUCAAUCUGCAACAUUACCUAAACUUCCAUCAACAGAGUCCCUAUCAACAAGUGUAAAUUUUGCAACUGCUGCACCUCCACUAUCUCCAGGAUUAUCUACAUCAAUGGGAGAAGCAAAUCAAAAAACAGAUAAUGUUUCUGAUAAAUCUUUUGAUUCUUGUAAGUUAACAAGGAAAGAAUCAUAUAAAGCUCAAAGAAAGAAUUAUCGAAUGGAAAAAAAGAGAUUUGCUGAUGAACUUCUAAGUUCUUUUAAAGAUCCAACUGUUAUUGUGAUGAGUGAUUGGCUCAAAGUUCGUGGUACAUUAAAAAGUUGGACAAAACUAUGGUGUAUUCUGAAGCCUGGUUUGCUACUGCUAUAUAAAAGUCCAAAAGCAAAAAGCAAUCAUUGGGUAGGAACGGUUUUACUUAAUACAUGUCAAGUGAUAGAACGGCCAAGUAAAAAAGAUGGAUUUUGUUUUAAAUUGUUUCAUCCUUUGGAACAAUCAAUAUGGGCUCCAAGAGGUCCAGAAAAAGAAGCUAUUGGUGCUGUUGUACAACCUUUGCCAACAUCUUACUUAAUAUUUAGAGCACCUUCUCAGGCAGCUGGUAAAUGUUGGUUGGAUGCACUUGAAUUAUCUUUACGUUGUUCUUCUUUAAUAGUACGCUCAACAAGUGCAUUGCCACGUACUUUACCACAUGAUACUACAACAACUCAUGAAACUCAAUGGAGUGAAGCAGAUUAUGAAAAACAUUUUGAUGAACAUGAUUUGGACGAUAUUAGCCAACCGGAAAAUGGAGUAACAGCUGAUGCAGAAAUUAGCGCUUCGGAUAGUGAAUCUGAAGGAUCCGCCAAGGAAGAUCAACAAGAAGCAAUUAAUGAAACUCCAUAUGCUGCAAAUGAACAAGAAGUUCUUGGAGCGGCUGGAGAAGUAGUUACAGAAUUACAAGAAGAACAAAAAUCUUUAAUAUGGUUCUUAAUGAAACAAGUUCGACCAGGCAUGGAUUUAUCAAAAGUUGUCUUACCGACUUUUAUUUUAGAACCUCGUUCGUUUUUAGAAAAGUUGGCUGAUUCUUAUUAUCAUGCAGAUUUAUUGUCUCAAGCAGUAGUAGAAGAUGAUGCAUUUACACGUAUGAAAGGUGUUGUUAAAUGGUAUUUAUCUGGAUUUUAUAAAAAACCUCAAGGUUUAAAGAAACCUUAUAAUCCACUUUUGGGUGAAACUUUUCGCUGCUAUUGGCAGCAUCCUAAUGGUUCAAGAACUUUCUAUAUAGCUGAACAGCUUUCUCAUCAUCCACCUAUAUCAGGAUUUUAUGUUACUAAUCGACAAGAUGGAUUUACUAUUAGUGCUACAAUUAUUGCAAAAUCUAAAUUUUACGGAAAUUCAACAUCAGCAGUCUUAGAUGGUGUUGCCAUAUUAACAAUGUUACCUAGGGGAGAAGAUUAUACAAUGACAAUACCUUAUGCUCAUUGCAAAGGAAUUCUUAUGGGUACAUUAUCAAUGGAAUUAGGUGGAAAAAUUCAUAUAAAUUGCGAAAAAACAGGUUAUCAUACUGAAUUGGAAUUUAAACUUAAGCCAUUUCUUGGGGGUGCAGAACAAAUGAAUCAAGUUACAGGAGGAAUACGUUUAGGCAAAGAAACUCUUGCUACUAUAUCAGGCUAUUGGGAUGGUCAAAUAUUAAUUACUGAUAAAAGAACAGGACAAGAAAAUGUAUUCUUUAAUCCCACUCCAGAAGUACGUAAAAGAAGAUUAAAAAAAUAUACCGUACCUUUGGAACAUCAAGGUCUGUGGGAAAGUGAGAAAUUAUGGUAUGAUGUUACGCAAGCAAUCAAUCGAGACGAUCAAAUUGCUGCCACUGAAGCAAAAACUCAAUUAGAAGAAGCUCAAAGAGAGCGUGCUAAAGAACGAAAACUUAAAGGACAGGAAUGGGUUCCUAAACACUUUGUUCAGGAUAUUAUAACUGGUAAUUGGGUUUAUCGACAUGCAGAUGUUCGACCAUGGGAUCCUAGAAAUGAUGUUGUACAAUAUGAACAAGAUUAUAUAGUACGUACAAAAACUAGACACAAAACACCGAUUAUGCGUACUGGCAGUAUCGUUUCUACUGAACCACAAACACAGGUUCCACUUCUUCAAGCUGAAUCACGUUCAUCACUUUCUGUAUUAAAAUCUUCUAAAAGACAAUUAUCUAAUAAUUUAGCAGAAACUGCUCAUGAUUCUGGAAGUUCCUCUGCAGAGGUACAUUCAGAUUCUAGUCAAUCAAUAGGUAAAAGGAAACGCUCUGCUGCAAGAUAUUGUAUUUUCAGGAUUAUAGAUGUUAUUAAAGAAUUAGAACGACAAAUGUUAGAAUAUGGUGAUAAAUUAAAUCGUAUACAACAUAUAUUAGAACAACUUGCUAUAAGACAAAGAGAACAGGGUGAUCAAUAUCAUAGUAUAAAUAUGUUGAAAAGCUUCAUAGAUACGAUUCUUGUUAUUGUAAUAGUUUUUUCUGUACAAUACUUUGUAAAAAUAUGGACCGACGAAUCUAGUGGAGGUUGAAAAUACGCUAAUAAGAUCGUAGUAUAAAUUGUAUAUAUUAUUUAUCUUAUCUGAAUUCGAAUUAUCAGCUUCUGUGUAAAAAAAAAUCUUGAAAUAAGAUUUUGAAAUUUAAAAUAGUUAAUUCAAAUGUAUUUUUGGUGGAAGCAAAAAACACGUUGUUUUUUAUUAGUGCAUUAAAAAAUAGAGUAAAAAAGUUACAGAUAUAAAGAUAUAUAUUCAGAUAAUCGCAGUGCAAUGUUAUUUAGCUUUUGUUAUUUUAAUUACUGAUGAUACAUUCAUUAUAUAAAUCUAGCCUUUUCUAGUAAUUACUUAUAUAAUAAUGUAAUAUUUUUAGUCUUUGUUAAUUGUUCUUCACAACAAUUAACCAUGAUAAAAGGAUUGAAUUUUUUUGAGCUUAUGUAUAUAAUAUUUUAUGUGCUAAUGCACAAGAAAAUAAUUAUAUAUUUAUUCAGAAAUUCUAAUAAUGUUGUAGUAUUUAUUGCAGGCGCUCAAUAGUAAAGUGUAUUUAUGAUAAUAAUAAGAUUACUAUAAAAAUAUAGUAAUGUAACAUAUAUUACUAUGAAUUUGAUUAUCUUGGAAUUAUCGCGAUAUAAAACAAAAGAAGCUAAUUGCAGUUUCAAGAGAAAUAUAAAUUCAAUUUUAUAGUGGCUAUCAAGAAAUUGUAUCUUGAAAAUAUUAAAUAGUCAUCAGUUUUUUUUAUUAUUAUUAUUAACAAAAAUAAAUUCCUUAUAAAAUAAAAAUCAAAUUUUAAUAAUUCGCGUAUAUAAUAAGAAUAUGUCCAAAAUAUUAAUAUAUAAUUUAAACCGUAAAUUUAUUUUGUAUUAUUUGCAUCUUUAUAUUGAUAAAUAUAUUAUGAUGCAUUUGUAUAGAAAUUGUUUUUAUAUUUGGAGUAAUUUUCAUUAAUAAUAGUUUAAUAAUUUAAAUUUCUAAAUAUAUUUACAAAUAUACUCAUAAUAAUACAAUUUUAUAAAUAUAUUUAUAAAAUUGUAUUUUAUAAUUUAUUAUUAAUAUUUUUUGAGAUAUAUUUCAAAAUUUAUUUUGAAAAUUAAUUAAAUAUAAUAAUAAAAAUAUAUGUUGAAUAUUGUAUGUUAGUAAUUAUAUUAUUAAAAUAACAAUUUAUAAUGGAUAAUUUUCAAAGUUAACUAUAUCAUAUCAAACUAAAUAUAUUUUUAUAUAUAUUUGUUUUAUAUAUUGAUAAUAUAUAAAACAAAUGUAUCAUUAAUUCUGUAUCAAUUCUAUAUAAAUUUUAAAUUGACUUUUUAUAUUAGUAUAUCAAGAUAAAACAUUCAUUAAACAUUCAAGUAAGAAUUAAUUUUUUUUUCUUCUAAAAAAAAAAAUUAGUAUCCAAAUAGUCCUCUUAUUUUGAUUGAUAUCAUAUAUUAUAUUUUAAUAAAAGAAAUAAUAGAAAAAUGUUUUUAUAAAUAAUGAAGCAUUUAUUAUUAGUGUAAAAUUAUUCUUUUUAUAAAUACUAAUAUAAUCUAUAUAUUAUAUAAAAUUUUAAAUCAUCCUAUAAUUAUUUUUGUUCUUCUAAUAUUUUUAAUAAUAUAAACUAUAUAUUUUUUUUACUGAUGACAUAUAUUUGAUACAAUUUAUUAAAGCUUAAUUUUAUUAGAUAUGUUUUUUUUUUUUAAUGAAUGAAACAUUCCCUAAUUAUAUCUUUAUCUACUUCUAUCUGUAUAAAAAUUUUUAUAUAAAAAUUAUAAAGUAUACAUUUACAAUUUUUUAAAAUACUGCAAUUAGCUAAAUUUAUUUUUUUAUUUACAUAAAUUCAUAAAUAAAUUAUUGAAUUUCCUAAUUUAAAUUUAUUUAUUGGAUAUUUAAAAAAAAUUGAUGUUUAAGUAUAGUUUUAUCUAUCUAAUUUAUUUUGCACAAAAAUUCAAACUUAUUUCCUGUUUAUACUAUUUCUAUUAUUUAAUUUUACUCUAUUAUUUACUCUAUUAUUAUUAUAAAUUCAUUGUUAAAAUUAAGUGUUUUUUGACAUCUCUGGAUAAAAAUUUAAUAUCAAAAAAAAAAUUUUAUUAGAUUAUAUUAAUAUUAAUUAUUUUUUAAUAUUUAUCAUAUUGUAAAAUAUUUUCCAUAGAGUACCUGAUAUUUUUAUAUUACAACAUAUUUAUAUUUAAGUUAAAAAAAUUAUAAAUAUUGAAAUAUUUGAAUUCUUUAUGAUAAUUUGAUGUUUUAAAUAUUAAAAUUAUAAAAAUACAAAAACUGAAAUAAUGAAAAAAUGAUUAUCUUAAUAUCUAAUAUUCUUAUAUUAUAAAUUCAAACAUAUGAUCUUUAUAUAUAUAUUAUAUAUUAUCUUUAUAUUUUAUAUAUAUAUAUAUAUAUAUAUAUAUAAACUAUCAUAUACAAAUAAUUAUUAAAAAAUAUAUAUUCCACUUCAGGUUUUAAUAUAUGUAUGCAUAUAUGUCUUUUUGAAUAAUUGCAUUAUUUUGAUUUAAUUGUUUAUAUUAAUGGAAUCACUGGAAUUGUGUAGGUAAUAUAUAAUAUAAUAAUAAAUAAAGAAUAUACUUAAAAAUAAAACAUGUGAAAUUUGCAUUUUUAAAAUAAUUUAUUUAAUAUUCAUGAUUUCAAAUUAUAAAAGCACUGCAUGAAGACGUUUGUUUUUUAUUAUAACCUGUUUUAAGAAAAUGUAACUAAUAAAAUUGAUUUUUACUAUUUAUAAAUUUUAAAA